GCGGGGCUCUUGCAGGCAGUGUCCUUGUCGUCGAAGGCCGGCCUGUCCCGGGGCCGGAAAGUGAUGCUGUCAGCGUUGGGCAUGCUGGCGGCAGGGGGUGCAGGGCUAGCUGUGGCUCUGCAUUCUGCCGUGAGUGCCAGUGACCUGGAGCUGCACCCCCCCAGCUACCCGUGGUCCCACCGUGGACUCCUCUCUUCCCUGGACCACACCAGUAUCCGGAGGGGUUUCCAGGUAUAUAAGCAGGUGUGCUCCUCCUGCCACAGCAUGGACUACGUGGCCUACCGCCACCUGGUGGGUGUUUGCUACACGGAAGAAGAAGCUAAGGCACUCGCCGAGGAGGUGGAGGUUCAGGACGGCCCCAACGAGGACGGGGAAAUGUUCAUGCGGCCAGGGAAGCUGUCUGACUACUUCCCAAAACCGUACCCCAACCCUGAGGCCGCGCGAGCAGCCAACAAUGGAGCACUGCCCCCUGACCUCAGCUACAUCACCCGAGCUAGGCACGGUGGUGAGGACUACGUCUUCUCCCUGCUAACGGGCUACUGCGAGCCGCCUACCGGGGUGUCACUGCGAGAGGGCCUGUACUUCAACCCCUACUUUCCUGGCCAGGCCAUUGGCAUGGCUCCUCCCAUCUACGAUGAGGUCUUGGAGUUUGAUGAUGGCACCCCAGCUACCAUGUCCCAGGUGGCCAAGGAUGUGUGUACCUUCCUGCGCUGGGCAUCCGAGCCAGAGCACGACCAUCGCAAACGCAUGGGGCUCAAGAUGUUGAUGAUGAUGGGCUUGCUACUUCCUCUGAUCUACGCCAUGAAGCAGCAUAAGUGGUCAGUCCUGAAGAGCCGGAAGCUGGCAUAUCGGCCACCCAAGUGACCCUGCCCAAUGUCUGCUCGCUGUCUUGCCUGAAUGGGCCCUCAGGCCAAUGAGCCACCCUGGACCUGUUCAGGCCUCCAUUGGCCCUCUUGGCCAAGCCCCACUUUCUUUGGUUAAAGAGGGGAGGGGCCAGGAGACCAGGUUCUAGCUCCAGAUCCUUCAGCCUCCAUCAUGGAAAUAAAUUAAGUUUCUCAACACA